AUGGGUCAUCACAAAUGGACAAAGAUGGUACCCUCUACCUGGAGGGAAGGGAGAUGGGCGAUCUGGAGUAUGCUCUGGGUUAACAAAGAAGUCGAAGCGGAGCAAGUCCCUGUGGAGUCUCCGGACAUCAUAGCAGCGACGAUCAGGCUCCCUAGGCGGCUGAUCCUAAUAGCAUCGGUUUAUGUUGAAGGAGGCAGCGCCUCGGCUUUGGACGACGCGUGCAAUCUUUUACGCGACGCGAUAACGAAGGUACGACGAGAGAUAGGCGCCGUGGUGGAGAGUCUGAUUGUGGGGGACUUUAACCAACACGAUCAACUUUGGGGUGGUGACGAGGUAUCGCUGGGAAGACAAGGAGAAGCGGAUCCAGUUAUUAACCUCAUGAACGAGUUUGCACUCAGUAGCUUACUCAAACGAGGCACUAAGACAUGGCACGGUGGAGGAUAG